AUGAAGCCCAGAGCAGAGUGCUGUUCUCCCAAGUUCUGGCUGGUGUUGGCUGUCCUGGCCGUGUCAGGCAGCAGAGCUCGUUCCCAGAAGAGCCCCCCCAGCAUUGGCAUUGCCGUUAUCCUCGUGGGCACUUCAGACGAGGUGGCCAUCAAGGAUGCUCACGAGAAAGAUGACUUCCACCAUCUCUCCGUGGUGCCCCGUGUGGAGCUGGUAGCCAUGAACGAGACUGACCCAAAGAGCAUCAUCACCCGCAUCUGUGAUCUCAUGUCUGACCGGAAGAUCCAGGGGGUGGUGUUUGCUGAUGACACAGACCAGGAAGCCAUCGCCCAGAUCCUUGACUUCAUUUCAGCCCAGACUCUCACUCCCAUCCUGGGCAUCCAUGGGGGCUCCUCUAUGAUAAUGGCAGAUAAGGAUGAAUCCUCCAUGUUCUUCCAGUUUGGCCCAUCAAUUGAACAGCAAGCUUCUGUAAUGCUCAACAUCAUGGAAGAGUAUGACUGGUACAUCUUUUCUAUCGUCACCACCUAUUUCCCUGGCUAUCAGGACUUUGUAAACAAGAUUCGCAGCACCAUUGAGAAUAGCUUCGUGGGCUGGGAGUUAGAGGAAGUCCUUCUGCUGGACAUGUCACUGGAUGAUGGAGAUUCUAAGAUCCAGAACCAGCUCAAGAAACUUCAAAGCCCCAUCAUUCUUCUUUAUUGUACUAAGGAAGAAGCCACCUACAUUUUCGAAGUGGCUAACUCAGUAGGGCUGACUGGCUACGGCUACACGUGGAUUGUGCCUAGUCUAGUGGCAGGGGAUACAGACACAGUGCCCUCAGAGUUCCCCACUGGGCUCAUCUCUGUGUCCUAUGAUGAAUGGGACUAUGGCCUCCCUGCCAGAGUGAGGGAUGGAAUUGCUAUAAUCACCACUGCUGCUUCUGACAUGCUGUCUGAACACAGCUUCAUCCCUGAGCCCAAGAGCAGUUGCUACAACACCCAUGAGAAGAGAAUCUACCAGUCCAAUAUGCUAAAUAGGUAUCUGAUCAAUGUCACUUUUGAGGGGAGAAAUCUGUCCUUCAGUGAAGAUGGCUACCAGAUGCACCCGAAACUGGUGAUAAUCCUUCUGAACAAGGAGAGAAAGUGGGAGAGGGUGGGGAAGUGGAAAGACAAGUCCCUGCAGAUGAAGUACUACGUGUGGCCCCGAAUGUGUCCUGAGACAGAAGAGCAGGAGGAUGACCAUCUGAGUAUUGUAACCCUGGAGGAGGCCCCAUUUGUCAUUGUGGAAAGUGUGGACCCUCUGAGUGGAACCUGCAUGAGGAACACAGUCCCCUGCCAAAAACGCAUAGUCUCUGAGAAUAAAACAGAUGAGGAGCCUGGUUACAUUAAAAAAUGCUGCAAGGGGUUCUGUAUUGACAUCCUUAAGAAAAUUUCUAAAUCUGUGAAGUUCACCUAUGAUCUUUACCUGGUUACCAAUGGCAAGCAUGGGAAGAAAAUCAAUGGAACUUGGAAUGGUAUGAUAGGAGAGGUGGUCAUGAAGAGGGCGUAUAUGGCAGUGGGAUCGCUCACCAUCAAUGAGGAACGAUCCGAAGUGGUCGACUUCUCUGUGCCCUUCAUAGAGACUGGCAUCAGUGUCAUGGUGUCACGCAGCAAUGGGACCGUCUCACCAUCUGCCUUCUUAGAGCCAUUCAGUGCUGACGUAUGGGUUAUGAUGUUUGUGAUGCUGCUCAUCGUCUCAGCCGUGGCUGUCUUUGUCUUUGAGUACUUCAGCCCUGUGGGUUAUAACAGGUGCCUUGCUGAUGGCAGAGAGCCAGGUGGCCCAUCUUUCACCAUCGGCAAAGCUAUUUGGUUACUCUGGGGUCUGGUGUUUAACAACUCCGUACCUGUGCAGAACCCAAAGGGAACCACCUCCAAGAUCAUGGUGUCCGUGUGGGCCUUCUUUGCUGUCAUCUUCCUGGCCAGCUAUACUGCCAAUUUAGCUGCCUUCAUGAUCCAGGAGGAGUAUGUGGACCAGGUUUCUGGCCUGAGUGACAAAAAGUUCCAGAGACCUAAUGACUUCUCACCUCCUUUCCGCUUUGGGACUGUGCCCAAUGGCAGCACAGAGAGGAAUAUUCGCAAUAACUAUGCAGAAAUGCAUGCCUACAUGGGAAAGUUCAACCAGAGGGGUGUAGAUGAUGCAUUGCUUUCCCUGAAAACGGGAAAACUGGAUGCUUUCAUCUAUGAUGCAGCAGUGCUGAACUACAUGGCAGGCAGAGAUGAAGGCUGCAAGCUGGUGACCAUUGGCAGUGGGAAAGUCUUUGCUUCCACUGGUUAUGGCAUUGCCAUCCAAAAAGAUUCUGGGUGGAAGCGCCAGGUGGACCUUGCUAUCCUGCAGCUCUUUGGAGAUGGGGAGAUGGAGGAGCUGGAAGCUCUCUGGCUCACUGGCAUUUGCCACAAUGAGAAGAAUGAGGUCAUGAGCAGCCAGCUGGACAUUGACAACAUGGCAGGAGUCUUCUACAUGUUGGGGGCGGCCAUGGCUCUCAGCCUCAUCACCUUCAUCUGCGAACACCUUUUCUAUUGGCAGUUCCGGCAUUGCUUUAUGGGUGUCUGUUCUGGCAAGCCUGGCAUGGUCUUCUCCAUCAGCAGAGGUAUCUACAGCUGCAUCCAUGGAGUAGCUAUCGAAGAGCGCCAAUCCGUGAUGAACUCCCCCACCGCGACCAUGAACAACACACACUCCAACAUCCUGCGCCUGCUCCGCACGGCCAAGAACAUGGCUAACCUGUCUGGUGUGAACGGCUCCCCACAGAGUGCCCUGGACUUCAUCCGACGCGAGUCAUCCGUCUAUGACAUCUCUGAACACCGCCGCAGCUUCACGCAUUCUGACUGCAAAUCCUACAACAACCCUCCCUGCGAGGAGAACCUCUUCAGUGACUAUAUCAGUGAGGUGGAGAGAACUUUUGGUAACCUGCAGCUGAAGGACAGCAAUGUAUACCAAGACCACUAUCACCACCACCACCGGCCCCACAGCAUCGGCAGUGCCAGCUCCAUCGAUGGGCUCUAUGACUGUGACAACCCGCCCUUCACCACCCAGCCAAGGUCCAUCAGCAAGAAGCCCCUGGACAUUGGCCUGCCCUCCUCCAAACACAGCCAGCUAAGUGACCUGUACGGCAAGUUCUCCUUCAAGAGCGACCGCUACAGUGGCCAUGAUGACUUGAUCCGCUCAGACGUGUCUGACAUCUCCACCCACACCGUCACCUAUGGAAACAUUGAGGGCAAUGCCGCCAAGAGGCGUAAGCAGCAAUAUAAGGACAGCCUGAAGAAGCGGCCAGCCUCGGCCAAGUCCCGACGGGAAUUUGAUGAGAUCGAGCUGGCCUACCGUCGCCGGCCGCCCCGCUCCCCUGACCACAAGCGCUACUUCAGGGACAAGGAAGGGCUACGGGACUUCUACCUGGACCAGUUCCGCACAAAGGAGAACUCACCCCACUGGGAGCACGUGGACCUGACGGAUAUCUACAAGGAGCGUAGUGAUGACUUUAAGCGCGACUCAGUCAGUGGAGGAGGGCCCUGUACCAACAGGUCUCACGUCAAACAUGGGACAGGCGACAAACACGUGGUCAGCGGGGUCCCAGCACCUUGGGAGAAGAACCUGACCAACGUGGAUUGGGAGGAGCGCUCCGGGGGCAACUUCUGCCGCAGCUGCCCCUCAAAGCUGCACAACUACUCCACGACGGUGGCAGGGCAGAAUUCAGGCAGGCAGGCAUGUAUCCGGUGUGAGGCCUGCAAAAAAGCAGGUAACCUGUAUGACAUUAGUGAGGACAACUCCCUACAGGAGCUGGACCAGCCGGCUGCCCCUGUGCCAGUGACAUCAAACGCCUCCGCUACCAAGUACCCCCAGAGCCCGACUAACUCAAAGGCCCAGAAGAAGAACCGGAACAAACUGCGCCGGCAGCACUCCUACGACACCUUCGUGGACCUGCAGAAGGAAGAAGCCGCCUUGGCCCCACGCAGCGUCAGCCUGAAAGACAAAGGCCGUUUCCUGGAUGGGAGUCCCUACGCCCACAUGUUUGAGAUGCCAGCUGGUGAGAGCACCUUUGCCAACAACAAGUCCUCAGUGCCCGCUGCCGGGCACCACCACCAUAACAACCCCGGCAGCGGCUACAUGCUCAGCAAGUCGCUCUACCCCGACCGGGUCACGCAAAACCCUUUCAUCCCCACUUUUGGGGACGACCAGUGCUUGCUCCAUGGCAGCAAAUCCUACUUCUUCAGGCAGCCCACGGUGGCGGGGGUGCCGAAAGCCAGGCCGGACUUCCGCGCCCUUGUCACCAACAAGCCGGUGGUCUCGGCCCUUCAUGGGGCUGUGCCAGGCCGUUUCCAGAAAGACAUCUGUAUAGGGAACCAGUCCAACCCCUGUGUGCCUAACAACAAAAACCCCAGGGCUUUCAAUGGCUCCAGCAAUGGGCAUGUUUAUGAGAAACUUUCUAGCAUUGAGUCUGAUGUCUGA